CCGGAUAGCAAACAAUGCAAUCUCAUAUUCGGGCUUAGAUUUGAGGUAAAAAACAGGAUAAGAGACCCCCAACACCUAAAAUCAAGAUAAAAUUGGGACCGGACCGGAUCAAGACCGGACUGUAUCCAAUCCAAUUUUUGGUCCUUAUAUUCCCGAAAAGACCGGACUGAGACCGAAUCAAAUUGAUCCAAUUUAACUGGACCGGACCGUAUAGCCACCCCUAACUAUUUCAGGCCGAGAUUCUUGAAGAGAUUCGAAUUUAAGACGUUCAAGUUGAAAAUCAACGAUUUAAUUGCUAGAUUAAUUUCUUGUUCAUAAAAAUUAUAUUUAAUGAUACCAGCUGAUUCUUUGAAGAAAUUAACAACAUACAUAAAAUAAAAAUGAGGACUUUCAACCUAAGCUAAUCCAGCAUUAUAGGGAAAAUUUCCCACUGUACACAUGUUUUUAAAAAAAAUUCUCAAAAUACACACGUUAUGAAAAAAAUUCCCAAUCUACGCAUGUUUGGGCCUUCACCGCGUCUGACCAAGGCGGUGAUUGAAUCACCGCGUUAAAGAAGAGCGGUGAUUGCAUCACCGCGUUAGACGAAAACGGUGAUUGCAUCACCGCUGUAGAGGAAGGCGGUGAUUGCAUCACCGCGUUAGAGAAAAACGGUGAAGGCCUGACCUGCGUCGAAUCUUUAAAAAAACGUAACUUUGUGCUCGGUUAUCCGAUCGUUUGCGGCUUGCAAGAUCUCGAAAAAUUAUGCGGAAUCAAAAAAAAUUUCACCACGAUCGGAUAACCGAGCACAAAGUUACGUUUUUUUUAAAGAUUCGACGCAGGUCAGGCCUUCACCGCGACCGUUGAAUGCGGUGAAGCUAUCACCGUUUUUGUCUACAGCGGUGAUGCAAUCACCGUUUUUCUCUAACGCGGUGAUGCAAUCACCGCUCUUCUUUAACGCGGUGAAGCAAUUACCGCCUUAGUCUGACGCGGUGAAGGCCCAAACAUGCGUAGAUUGGGAAUUUUUUUCAUAACAUGUGUAUUUUGAGAAUUUUUUUUAAAAACAUGUGUACAGUGUGAUUUUUUCCGCAUUAUAGUGUAUAACAAUAACUCAUAAGUCUUAACUAUCUUUCUUACCGACUUCGUAUUUCUUAACCUAAGCCUCUUAACUUAAGUACAACAGUUUAGACUCUAAGUCGAAAGAGAAAGAGUGAUCAACUCCCAUUUUCCACCAAAAAGAGAAGUUGUUUUCAUCGUGGAGCAGCUUCCACACGUCAAGUAAAAGAGAGCAAGAAGUGCCGAAACAAGCGACCCAUAAAUUGAAUAUUAUUUGUGUAAUAAUUAUUAUCAUCGCCAUGCACCGUCCAAUUUCCCCAGUAUUCCCCGCUGCUUUCAACGCAAUUACUUGCGUAAAGGGCAAUCGACGACAGUUAUAAGAGAGACUGAGAGAGUAUAGAGUAGUUGGAAACCAUAACCAUAAACUAACGAUAUCGUCGGAUACUUCCAGCUGGAUGCUUCACCGGUCUCUGUUGGCCCCGCUCGCUCGCGCUUGACUGAAGGGAAAAGCUACAGCAUUCGAUUUUUCCAGCUUUCAUGUCAACAAUCUAGCUACUAGAUCCUCAUUUUGUGGCUAAAACGUGAUCCAGAUAUGUAUAUUAGACCCAUAAAUAAUGACAAAAGUUAUACUUAAUGAGGGUUGUUUUGUUACUUGUGAUGAUGGUUACGUGCAGUUUGUGUAGGAGAAAAUUUGCAUUUCAAAAUAAGUUGGAUAAGUUGUGUUGAAUGUCGAUAAUCUAUUGGUACGAAUAAGUUAGAAGUAAUAUUGAGAGAGAAAGUCUCGUAGUAAUAUUGGUACGUCGUCUAUCAUAUUUUGUGUUUUGAUAUCGACCAAUUGUGAUCGAACACCGUGACACAUGUAUUUUAACGAGUACCAAUCAUCUAAAUUGUUGGGAUCCAGAGGUCUGAAUAUAUGUAUAGGGUCACCGAUCAGUAAAGGAUUAUCUUGCCUCGCGAUCUCGAUAGUGAAUUUUGAAUGCGAACUUCUACGUAAGCGUUGAUGGCAAAACUCAUGAGGUAGAAGAACGAAUAGGUAAACUAAGAAAAUGAACGUGUGGCGACAUGCACACACUCUCUAAUUCAUACGUGUUGGCCGUUUAUUCGUAGUAUCAAUCAAAUUUUAUAAGCUUAUAUAAUCCAACAACUCGAGUUAUUGCAAUCAAUUGGUUUUUGAAUUAAUAUGGUAUCAAAGCUCGUUUACCCAAGUGGGCGUUUUGUUUCAAUCCUCACGACCCCAAAUAUUAACUACACGUUGAUCAAAACACAAUAUAUAGUGGGUACUGUGCAUGUACAAAUUUCAACCCCGUGAACCGACUUAAUUUCAUUUGAGGGGCGUGUAAGAAAGUGAUAUAUACUCUAUAAUCAACCUUCUGAUCUCAACAACUUAUCUCAUUGAAACCAAUGAUUCUUAACAAUAUGUAACCAUAUGAUUGAAUCCACAAUUGAUCAUCAUGAUAUGCGUAAAGUACACAUUAACUUCGGUGGCAAGAACAGACCUUCCUAGACAUGGAAAGAGAGAAAAAAACGAGAUUGAAAUACAGUUUGACGAAUCAGAAAUUGAUCAUCAACCUGAAUAGUUAUAACAAUCUACAAACCAUGCAGCAUUAAUAUUCUAGUCUCUUUACACGUACAUAUCAAAGAAGUCGCCAUCCCAACUUGGCCGUUAGUUUUCAGUUAAAUUUGUUGAACGGAAAAGAGAGAAAAAAAGAUAGGGAGAGGUGGAUCCAUCUUCAAUCUUUCUUUCUCUUAUGGCCCCAACUGUACGCGCUAUACAUUAUCCAUAAAUAAAUGCUGCAAUGUCUCUGCAGUUAGAUGUUGCCACCCGCACCAGCCACCGCCAUUUUUGUUUCUUUAUAUAUUUACUACGUACGUUGUUUAAGCCAGCCAAGUGGAGUGAGAAAGAAAAGAAUGGUAACUGUUGAGACUUUCAGAUCAAACCCCUCUUUUUUUCUUUAUUUGGUUGACUCCUUGAGUACGUAGAACUUCAGUUAUAUUAAUCUCAUUAGGUUUUAAAGUCAUAGCGUACACACCUAGAGUUGGAGUAAGUUAAUUUUGGGUAAUAAACUAUUUGUAAUGGUGGAUUAUAUAUGCUCCACCUUUCGUGGAGUUAUAAUUAGAUUUUGUUUGAUUGCAUGAUGCUGGCAACGAUUUGAUAUUUCUACUUCGUCCAUUUCAAGAGAUUUGUAAAGUAAUGUACAAGGUGUCUCUUCCCUUUUGAAUGAACCGACAAUUCUAUCCACAAAGUAAUUAAGUGGUGGGCAGUUACAAAUUAAUUACCAUUACUUUUGACUCAUCAAGCCACGAUACCAAGCGAUAUUUAUUAGUAUUUUGGCUACACUCUUCUCUCCGUAACUUCAGGGACAGCGAAGUUAUGUAGAUGAUGAUAAUGAUAAUGGCUCCGAUCCGAUCCGCAAAUUCUUAAAGGAUAUGCAGGAAAAUUAACCGAUGGAGAGAAUUAUUGAGACCAACUAGCUGGUGUGAUAUCAGAGUUUUAAAUUGGGAGAUCUUAUGUUUGGAUCCUCAUUAUCCCAUAUUAACAUUGACUUAGUUGAGAAUAUGGUACAUCGAACGUAUGUAAACUCCAAAAUCAUGAAUAUAUAUAUAGAAUAUAAAUUCAUACUUGAGUUAGUAUCACCCAUCAACUUGAUUAUUCACUACUUGACAAGAAGAGUCCCUAGUAUUUUGCUCCAUUUUGGAAUUUUUUCAAUACAUUGUUGUUUGUUUUAUUUAUCUCUAGAUGCAGAAUAAUAGUGAUUAUUGGUAAUAUUUUAUUAAUAUGUGUGCAGUAUUAUUUUUUUUUUAUUUUUUUUGUAACUGGCUGAUUAAGAUGCGUGCCUGUCUGUCUAGACUCUAGAUUAUGACGAUAAUAGUAAAACUAGGACGACAUUUAGCCAUCCAGUUUUACAAUUGCGACAUCCUAAUUUGUACGUGUACGCACAUGAUCAUGGUGUGCGACUAAUUAAUUUCCUAAACCUUUUUCCGGCACAUUAAUUAAUUUCCUAAACGUAGCACAAAAAUGAAAGACAAUGUUCCUCGGGAGUUGACUUCAGGAGUCUUCAUCAAUAAGAACGGCCCAGACGUACAGUUUCUGCCGUAGUAGGCUUCUUCGUAGUUUGAUUCACAAUCGGCGCAGGCGAUCUCAUCAAUCAAGCUGAAUCUGUGCAAGAUUACCUGCACACAAAGAGCUUAACGGUACUCAUUGCUAUAUAUAAUUUUAGAACAGCAAUUUUAUAAAAUAAAAAAAAUACUUUAUCUAAUUAAUGAACUGCCACGUGUGGUGAGAUCGAUAGAGGCGCGCAACUUUAAAUUCAACAAGUUAAGGGUUCAAGUUUUGGCCGUCUGGUGAUCUCUGUGGUGGCCAUUGGUAGAGUUGUUGUAUCCGUCUAAGUCGCUCGCAUGAGCUUGUCAAAUGUUUAAGAGAGACGAUAUUUAUUGAUCUGACGAAUUGCUCUUCUAAUAGAAAAGAAUAACCUUGUUAGUGUAUAAUUAAGGGAUUAGAUUAUUGAGAAAAUUGUCAUCGUCAUGACAAUACGUUAUGAUUCCAAUCCUAUGACUGCAUCUGUCCUCUAACUAACCAACCAACACAAGUGUGGAAGUCAUAGGGUUACACAAGGUUGAUUAGCCAGCCUAACGCAAAAUUCUGUAUUAAUUAAAUUACAAAUCUAACGCGUAACCAUGCAAGCAAUUGAUAUAUCUUUCUGCUAUAGAGGAUAUUUCUUUUCAUUCAUAUUGUUUUAUUUUAAACAAAAUAGAAGUCCAUGACAUUCGACAAGGUGUCUGUGUCCCACGAACUGGCAUUAAGUGCAGGUGUGGGAGGGGUAUUGAAUUUGAAACAAGUGGUAAUUAGCCCAUAGUAUGCUCCAUGACCAUUUACGUGCCAACGACAGGUCAACUGGUCAAGGGCGCAAAGCUAGUUUGGUAAUCGCAUUUACUCAAUGAGUUAUGUAUUCUUUUUUUCAUAAGUGUUUAUAAUACCUAUAUUGUACACAUUAUAGUAUUACUUUAGAGUAAGCAUAAACAUAUUAUUAGACACCGACUAUAUCAUCAAAAUACAUACAGAUAAAGAUUCAUUCUCGCGCCUCUUUAUAGAUUUCGUUAGGAUAAACGAAAGCCUGAAUAACAACCCGGCCACCCCCCUCCUCCAUUGCUUCCCCCCCCCCCCCCCCCCCCCCCGGUGUCCUUCUUCAACAGAUUUCAGCGCCGUGGAUCAACAAAAUUAAAAAUGGACGACAUUAGGGUUAAUACCUUAGUUUGGCCUGAACUAUACACAUACUUUCUACUUUGGCCCGUGGUAUUGGAAAUUGCUAUUCUGGUCUGAACUAUGUAGCAAACUUCCUCAUUUGGCUUGAAGGCGGGUUUGACAGUUAAAUUAGACGGUCAACAAGACUUGUUGACCGUUAGUCAAUGUCCACCUCAUCUACCACGUCAGCUUUGAGGACAUAAAAAAAUAUUUUUUUUAUUUCUGAAUUUUGUUUUCUUGUCAUUUUUUCUCCUGAAUUGAUUGGUCCUGCUUCCUACUGUACGUGUAUCUCCUUUUCUUGGAGGGUAACCUUUAGAUAAAUGGAAGUGGCUGGUGGGAACUAGAUUCCCUGUCCGGAAACUUUUUCCCGGUACGUAAAAGCUGAAAUUAAGCUGGAGACAGCUCAACCUUUUUACUUAAUUAUCUUGUGUUAGUCCGAUGAGUCGUCCAACUAAGAAAGGCAUUAGAAGACCAAAAUGGUCGGCAGUGGUGAGCCCCCAUCCCCAGCCUGUAUCCGCACGUGCUUGAGCAGCGUCCGCACACACUGGACCAGCGGGCUCGGGAUCUCGUACAGCCCACCGCAAGUAACGGUCGAAUCCACUACUAUAAUAUAAGUACAUUAACAUAACACAUAAAUAUGUGACCAAUUGACCGUUGAGGGGAAUAAUGUGCAUAUAUAAAGUUAUAAACUCAAGUGUGUUACUUAUUAUUAGCUACGACCCUCUCUUUAUUUCCCCGUCCCCGCCAAAAAGGGCACUCUCCUUUUGAGCCAGGCCAUGUUGCAAUGAUACAACCAAUAUCAAUGGGAUAUAUGCUAGAAAAUAAUCGGAUCGAUCGAUCAAUCAACUACCAAAACUCUAUGGAAACUUCAACAUCAAUACACUCAAUUGAGAUCAAGACACAAUACUUCCACCAUACAGUCAUCAACGAGACAAUGAAAGUACUGUGUUGCACCUUCAAUACACAUGGAUUCACCCGUCCAAUAGUGUUACAGCGAAUCUCGUUUGGAGCCAACUCACUAACUAACAAAAUUCAUUCUUGAAUGAUCAAUCAUAAUGAAUCUACACAUCUCGAUAUGAUCGCAUGUCGUGGAUAAUUCAUUACAAGUUGAAACUACAUAGUUAUAUAAACGACUCCAAACAAUAAUAUGAUCACUAUUACGAAGUAGCAAGUCAUUAAAAUCAUAAACCGUUGUUUAUACGCAUACUUUUUUUUUGGUAUACUUGAUUUCAAGCUACUAUACUGCUUAAUAAUUUUCUAUAAUCAUUUUUUCAGUUGAAUAAUUUUUUAUUUCUUAUAAUCAUUGUAGGGCGAUAUUGUGUCUUUUAUUUCUUUCUCUUUUUGCAUUUUAUAUGAACAGACUUCAGAAAACUAUAGUCACUAUAGAGAAAAUAUUCUCCAUAAUUAGGCAAAGCGAUUAUUUUGGCUUUUUUAUCCAUUGAGACUUCAUUCUCAUUGUGUAGGCAACAUCAUUGUAGGGAGUUCCGGAAGCAAAGCAAGUGCCCCCAUUUCUCUCCUAGUCGGCAGCUCCUCCCACUACUUCCCAAUCUCCAUCAACCCCCCAAUUCCCAUUAAUAAAAUCAUAUGCCAUCCCUAGCUAGAUUGACAUAAUUUACAGCUAGUCAAUCAUGAUUAGACGCUCUCAAUUACUCUUUAUUCAAUCUUAUUAUCUUUGUCCUGAUGAAAUUUUAGGAUGAUUAAACCUGAUCUAGUUGAAAAGUUUAUCAUGGAUGACUCCUUUUAUGACUAAAAUUAAUUGAAAAAAGGUUAGUUUCACUUUCAUAUAUAUUGUUGUCGCAUUUAUUUUGCUCACAAUCCUCGCUUCACAUUUAUUUAUUGAGCAAAUAUCUAGCAAAGAUUGUGAAGCGAGUAUCAGAUACCUUCAAAGUUGCGAUACUAAAUAUUCAAACUAUAAUAGCAAAAAUGCGACCAAGAUUUCAAUAUCGCGAACAACAUUAUUAUCGAAAUAAACACCAAUACAUCAUUUGACUGAUACAAACAACAGAUACGAUAUGACAUCAUAAACCAAAACUACAUAUGUUUUGGGAGCAUGGAACCAACAGAUAAGUACUAACAUGAUCUUUUCUUUUGACCGACAGAUAAUUACAUCUCUAGUCUUUCUCAUGUUUUCACUUUCACUUUCAGCAAAGAGGUUUCAAGCAAUCGAAGGAGCAAUCCGUGGCAGCUCAGCUCGCUUCUCACCCUAGUUACAAGGUCCUCUUUUUUAGGAAUAAUAAGAAAAAUCUCAAGAUCUUCUAAAGAAGGCUGGUGUAAUGGUUUCUGAUAUACAGAGGGAGAAAAUCUUACCUCCGUUUUCAAGUUUCAGUCUUUCCAGUGGGCAAGCAAGUUUCCCUCUUAAAAGAUACUUCCAUAAUCAUACUUUAAUUAGCUUAAUUCUUAUAUAAUUAAUCCACAUAUGUUCAGGCAGUAGGGUCCACCGCCGAAUAUCCUUGAUACCCGAAAUCAGCUCUUUGCAUGGAUGGAGAGCUGCUACACGAUCCAACACAUCUACCAUCCUACACCCGACCGCAGACAGUAACGCUCUCCUCCCAUCUCCACCGUCCAGAUCAAACUUAACAUCCAUCCGACGGCUCACUUCCCUCCUCCUUCCUCUAUAUAAACCCGCUCACCCUCCCUCCUUGCUUCCCUAACCCAGAGCUGGCCUACUGAAAAACUGAACUCCAUUUCUGCCGUCUCCUCCUCUCACUUCCCUCGCCGGGAAAUUUCUUUUUUUCUUCCGAGAAAACAGAACAAGAAAAAAAUGGCGUAUCUCACUUUUUCCCUCCGGAUUCUGCUGAUUUCCACCGCCGUUCUGUCCGCCGGAGUGGCGGUGAAAUCCUCUGUUCCAUUGCUGAGAGAUUUCUCCGCCUACCGAGCUCCGGAGCUCUGGAGCUCGAUCUCGUCGUGGCUCAGGCCUCCGUACCUCUACUUCGUCAUCAACUGUAUAAUCAUCACCAUUGCCGCCACGUCGCGGUUCCACCACGGCGGCGGAGAGGAGCAGCCACGGAAGGUGGAGGCGGUGGCAGUUGUGCGGCCGGAUCAGUUCGAUUUCGAUGAGGUGAAGGUCUCUGAUGUUGUUGCUUCUGCUGCUCAUUCUAUCAAUUACGGCGGAGAAGCGGAGGAGAGGCGGCGGGAGGCGGUGGCGAUUGAUGCGGAAUCAGGAUUGAUGUUCGAGGACAAGAAGACGGUAAUGGUGAGCGGCGGUGCUUCCUUUGAUGAAGAAGAGGUCGUACUUCCGGCUGAGGAGGAUGAAUUCGUGAUCUCGAGAUCCGAAUGGAUUCCGCCGAAGAAGAAUCCGGCGAGGAUUGAUUCGUCGGAGAAGCUUCUGCUCGAGGCUCUGUCCCCGGCGCCAGCCGAGAAACCCCUCGUUUCCGCUCGAUUCGUUCACCGGAAGCCGGUCAAGGUCAACACUCCAGAAGGUGGAAGGGCGUUGAGGAAGGUGUCGAAGCCGAAGCGAAACGACACGCUGGAGAACACGUGGAAGAUGAUAACGGAAGGGCGGCCAAUCCCGUUGACGAGGCACCUCAAGAAGUCGGACACGUGGGAGAAUCACGGGCGUCACAUCAACGUGCCGGAAUCCUCCUCCCUCGACGGCGGCCCGAGCCCGCCGCCGGCGAUGGUGAAGAAAUCGGAGACGUUCAAGGACAGGACCAACCAGCUCCCCCCGCUCAGCGGAGGGACGCCGUCGCCGGCGACGGCGGGAGGGGAGAGGAGGCUGAAGAAGGAGCCGUCGCUGGGUCAGGACGAGUUGAACCGCCGAGUCGAGGCGUUCAUCAACAAGUUCAACGAGGAGAUGAGGAUGCAGAGGCAGGAGUCAAUAAACCGGUACAAGGAGAUGAUUAGCCGUGGAAGCAAGUGAUAGAUAGUAUUGAAUUUUAUUAAAAGGUGGGAAAAAGAUCAAUGGAGGUUGGUUUUUUUUUAUUAUCAUAUAUGGAAAUUAUACCAACAGUGAAAAUUUGGUUUUUUUGUUUUCUGAAUUUUGGGAUGAUCAUGUUUGAAUUUUCAUGCUCUCAAGUUAGGUUUAGGGAGGGGGGAUGAUUGGUGGACUGGAGGAUGGUUUAUUAUUUUGGAUUUGUUUUGGUAUGUAAAUUACUGACUUUUAUUUUUAUUUUGUGGUUUAUUAAUAUAAAGGCGAGGUUAAUUACAUAAAUUGUCUCUGUUUUUGUGAAGGAUUUAUUUACUGUGUAUCAAUGGAAAUAGCACAUGAAUUUGUUCUUUCCUAUGGACUAAAACACGUUAUUAUGGAUCCCUAAGGAUGCUAAUCAGUAUGAAAAUUGUGGUUGAUGGAGAUUAACAUCUUCAGAUCCAAAUUAGGUGGAGGAUGCAAGUGGUCGGCGGAGAAGUCCUAAGUUCUUACAAACUUGCCAGCUCGCUAGGGAGAACAUGGUUAGAGAUAAGCAAAUAUAGCUAUAUUUGUGGAGAGCUAUACGAAUCCGAUCUAAUUGGGUAUGAGAAUAUUUAGUGACGAAUCUAGGUUGAAUUUAGGAGGGAUAUAUUUCCGAUCAGUUUUGAAAUAUCGAUAAAGUUAUAAGUAAUAUUCAUGAUAAAUGAGGAAAAAGAGUAGUUGGUAAUUUCUUAAUCUUCAUUUCAAAUUAACUUCUAUCCAGAUUUUGGAUCCGCUACUAAUAAUACUCAUUAUUUAAUAUAAACUCGUCCGAUUAUACAAAUACAUUUUUGGCUGCAAGACAGUGGAAGAGGAAAACAGCUGGCUCAAGAAGUUUGACCAAAAAACAAGAAGUUGGCCCCAAAAGAAUACCGAUACACAAUGCCUAUGUUUGACCCGGCUUUUAGACGUGUUUUUCGACUUCAUUUUGACUACAUUUUAUUGUUUAGAAUUCACAGUUUAUAUUAUAAGUCUUUUAUAUUCAUUUUACAUCAUCUCUCAUAUUAAAAAGCAUUUUAAUAGUUUUUUAGUCAAACACUUAACUGUUUUUUUUAAGUACUUCUCUAAAAACUCAAAUGAGAAGCGGCUUCGGCAGAAGCUACAGUAAGAUCAAACUGAGCAAAUAGCUGGAAACUGAUCUGAGUGAGGAGAUAGGCUCGGAUCCAUUCCCCGCCACAGUUCUCCAGACCAUUUUGGGCCGGCACAAAUAUUAGGCGGGCCUGAAGGCUCAAAUUCGUUAUGGACCAAACUGAAAAGAAGCCCACUUAGCCCAUAUCUUAUAUGACUUAAAAACGUCAAACAAGUCGCCGAAUCCUGCGUCGGUCACUCGGUCUUGGAGCCGCCUUCCAUUCAUUGAGCUGGAUUUUUGCCUUUAGGUACCAAUCAAUGAUUUGGUAAGAAACCAACCACAUAUUAUUAUUGUUGUUUAAAACUCGCAACUACUGCCUCCUCUUUUGACAAAAAGCCCUUCGACUUUUGAGUUAACUAAUGGGAAAAAAGCAUGCACGUUAAGUAGCACACCACACUGCUUUAGUUGUUAACAAUCAUGCAUGGAAAAAAAAGAAUCAAAAGAGAGCCUUUAGUCCAAAUUUUAUAUUACGUGGAGUCCCUACAUCAAUCCAUCCAUCCCGAAGUUUGGAUUCCACAAUCUCAUCAAAUUGGAUGUUUUCUGUAAUAAUUGGACGCAUCCAGUUAGCGUGUUUGGAAACAUAAUUCACUGUUCGUCAUUCAGAACUUUUACCCCACAAAGGAGAAAUAGAGAGAGAUGAGAAGCUACGAGGCGCGAAUCUGACCAUCAAAAUACAAGAUAUCGAAUAAU